AUGAAAGGUCUCUUCAAGCAUAAGACUCGUACUCCUAGCGAAAUCGUUCGUCAAACUCGAGAUCUAAUCGCUUUAUCAGAAUCCGAUUAUUCAGAAAUCACCGAUUCGAAAAACUCGAAACGAUUAGGGAUUCGUGGCGAAUUAUGUAGAAACAUUAGGGAUUUGAAAUCGAUUCUAUAUGGUAACAGUGAAGCUGAGCCUGUAGCUGAAUCUUGUCUUUUGUUAACUCAAGAGUUUUUCAGAGAAGAUACUCUUCGUCCAUUGAUUAAAUCUUUACCUAAACUCGAUCUCGAAGCUCGAAAAGACGCUACACAGAUCGUUGCAAAUCUUCAGAAGCAACAAGUCGAAUCUCGACUCGUUGCUUCUGAAUAUCUCGAAUCGAAUUUGGACGUUAUCGAUUCAUUAGUUGAAGGAAUCGAUAAAGACCAUGAAUUGGCUUUGCAUUAUACUGGAAUGCUUAAAGAAUGUGUUCGUCAUCAGGUUGUUGCUAAAUACAUACUCGAAUCGGAGAAUUUGGAGAAGUUUUUCGAUUUCGUGCAGCUUCCUUAUUUCGAUGUUGCUACUGAUGCAAGCAGGAUCUUUAGGGAGCUUUUGACGAGGCAUAAAUCGACCGUUGCUGAGUAUCUUUCGAAGAACUACGAAUGGUUUUUCGCCGAGUAUAACACGAGGUUGUUGGAGAAAGGAAGUUAUUUCACAAAGAGACAAGCGUCGAAACUGUUGGGAGAUGUGUUGAUGGAUCGGUCUAAUUCGGGUGUGAUGAUCAAGUAUGCGAGUAGUUUGGAUAAUUUGAGAAUCAUGAUGAAUCUACUAAGAGAACCAACCAAGAACAUUCAGCUAGAAGCGUUUCAUGUUUUCAAACUGUUUGUGGCGAACGAGAGGAAACCAGAGGACAUUGUAGCGAUUCUUGUGGCGAAUCGGAACAAGAUUCUUCGGUUGUUUGCUGAUUUGAAACCCGAGAAAGAAGACGAAGGUUUCGAAGCUGACAAAAUAUUGGUUGUGAAUGAGAUUGCUUCGCUUUCACUUAUGGAUCUCAAAGUCGCGGAUUCAUAA